AUUGGGAUCGGAUUAGCCUUUUUCUCCAAAUCUUACUUCAUUUCACUUUUGUCAAUUUAAUUGAUUAGUUUGGAAGGAAAUCAAAUUCCGUGCACAUGGGAAUCAUGUACCACAGGGACAAAAACGUCGGAGAACAGUGUAGUGGUUACAAUAGUAGCAUCGGUUGCAUCGGUGCUGUCUAUUGUCAUAAUUGUUUCAGCUCUCUUAUGGUGGUUUAAACGGACAAAAACAUCUGGUAGAGUAGAACGAAACUUACAUACCACGGACUUAAGUAGCAUAAAAUCGACCCUAUUGAACUUGUUUUGAUGUUAACAUUGGCAGGGAAACUGGUUGUAACGCCUCGAAAACCAUACCAAGAGUUAAAGAAUCGACAAUUUACAUACUCUGAUAUCCAAAGGAUCACGAACAACUUCGAAAAAGUUAUUGGAAAAGGAGGAUUCGGAACAGUUUACCAUGGUUUCUUGGAUGACAAUCAAGUAGCAGUUAAGAUGUUAUCGAAAACAUCUUUCCAAGGGUAUAAGCAAUUUGAAGCUGAGGUGGAGCUUCUUUUGAGAGUUCAUCAUAGAAAUUUGACCGCCCUUAUUGGAUAUUGCGAUGAUGGCACCGAAACAGGGCUAAUUUAUGAGUUCAUGGCCAAAGGAAACUUAGCAGAGUAUCUCUCAGAUAGUAGUAUCAGUGUCUUGAACUGGGAAGGAAGACUCGGAAUAGCACUAGAGGCAGCACAAGGGUUGGAGUAUUUACACCAUGGUUGCAAACCACCUAUAAUCCAUAGAGAUGUGAAGUCUAGCAACAUCUUAUUAACUGAUAACUUGCAAGCUAAGCUAUCCGAUUUUGGGUUAUCGAAAAGCUUUGAAGGUGGCUCUCAUGUCUCCACUGUCGUUGCCGGUACCCCUGGAUACCUUGAUCCCGAGUAUUCUACUACAAACAGGUUGACCGAGAAAAGUGACGUUUAUAGCUUUGGGGUAGUUCUUCUUGAAAUCAUUACGAACAGGCCGGUAAUUAACCAUAGUGAGCCUACUCACAUAAGUCGUUGGGUCAGUUCGAUGCUGUCGAAUGGAGACAUUCAGAACAUCGUGGAUUCGAGGUUGAAAGGAGAUUUCGAGAUAAAUUCUGUAUGGAGAGCAAUCGAAGUGGCAAUGGCUUGUUUAUCUCCGGCUUCCACAAAAAGGCCAACUAUGAACCACGUCGUGACCGAAUUAAGCGAGUGUUUGGUAGCCGAGAUAAACCGAACAAGGGGAGUCGAUGAAGAUGAAUCGAGAGACAUGAUGGCCAUCGCAUCAUUGAAUUGUGAUUCUGACAUAAUUCCUCUACCAAGGUGAUCAAAUCUUUAAAUUUGAUGCCUUUCUUUUUUCAUGCUUCAUCCACACCAAAACUAUCAUAGAAUGUGUAUACUUAUGUAUGUAUGUAUGUAUGUGUAUUCACUUUUUUCUAAGAGUGUCCGAACUGGAGCUUUAUUUGUUUUCAGAUAUUGAACUAUAUGUAAGAUGUUGAAUUAGAUUGAUAACUGUGAAAUAAAAGAUGGCUUUUUUGUAAAUAACAA